CUGCCUGGCUGAGGUGGGAACCCUUGCCAGGCUUAGCUACCUAUGGAAGAUACAGAUGCCACACAGCUAAAAGCAUCCGCAGCUUUCUUGGCAUCACAUUGGGUACAGUGCACUGCCAGGGUUACUGUAAGCAGAGUAACUUGGCAAAUUAAUUAAUGGAGCAGUCUGAGUCCUACUAGCCUCAGGAAUUGGAAUGUUCUAGUAAUUAACAAAAGAUUUAUAUAUCUUCAGAGGAAAGAAAUGAGUAGCUAGCAAGAAGUCAGUUUGCUACAUGGGGAUUAUCUGCUCCUGCUCUCACUUGGUGAUGUUUUCUGGGUACCCAGUGGUGCCUGUGCUCAGUGGAUGAGGCUCCCACUGCACUGAUGUGGGAGGAUGCAGCUCGGACUCAUUCCCUCUUUCAGGGUUUGAUCUCACACUCGGUUGCUUGGCGAGGUAUCAGGUUGUAUUCAGAAGUGUUCUCAGCAAAUACAUCAAAGAGUGUGGUUAAUGUUUUUCCAGAGCUGUGUAUAUGAAAUGUUAUCAGCUUUUGAAGGGAGUGCAGCUUCCUUUAUCAGUGGCAGUUCUCAGUUCCACUGUGGCCUCCUUGGUGAGCAUCUCCUCUGGGUUUCUGUAAAGUAACUGGAUUUUGGAGGCAGAGGGGAGAAAUGCUGCUGGUAUAAAGGAUUUGUAGGUUGCUUGUGCCUCACUACAAAUGAUGGUUCUAUGAGUCUAAGUAGGUUUCUUUGCAGUCCUCACCUAAUUGCUUUCCAGUAGGCACACAGUGAUCCUCGCAUGCAUUGCUGUUGUGUUGGGUUUGUUUUAUCUGGGGUGGAAAGUUAGUUGUGAUGGGACUGGAGUUCAGCUUCCAUUACGUCCUCAUCUACAAAUGCAGCUUAAAUGUCAAAGAACAGUGUCUUCUUCACGCUGUCUGCUGGGUCCCUUUUAGAAUCUAGACAUAAUAGCACUAAAAAUAGUUUGUUGAGAUUCUCUGCUAAUCUUACAGAAGGCUGUUUAUAAAGCAAGGGAGCAUGGACGAUGCUUAACUUUUGAUUAUAAAUAUGCUUGUUUGGGGAAUGAAAGCAAGGAUUCUUAAUGCAUUCACACCAUCCGAAGAUUAAUAACUGGUUCUGUACAGCAUAACCUGCCCAGCUCCUGUGCAGCUUGGUGUCCUUGAGUGCCAUGUGGGCUCACCCCUCCUCUGAGUGCAUGCCUUUUGCUUGUUGUAUUGCUUCUGGCACUUGUGCCAUAAGUCAGGUCCUAAUUUUAUCUUGUUAUCCACAGCUCGAUGGCAAGGCAACUUGAGAGAGAGCAGUGCAAACAGGAUGACAUCAGCAAGCAAACAGAUCUGCUGUUUGUGCUUCUUGAGCCUGUGGCUGUGUGCAGUAUGACCCCUGUUGUGAGCUGCCAACUGUGUCUCUUCAUAAUGCUUUGGGUCGCUCUGGUGAUCAAGGGCUGCCUAUUUGAGUUGAUAAUGCUUUUCAGUUUUGAACUCCUUCAUACCUAUAAUAUCACAGGAUCAUUAUGGUUGGAAAAGACGUUUAAGUUCGAGUCCGACUGUCAGCUCAUUGCCUCCAUACCUACUAAAAUGUAAUUCUCUUAAGCAUCAGGAGUUUGCAGUGAUGUGGCUUCUGCUUAGGAAAAUACAGCAUCAAUCUCAUAUUACAGCUGCCAGAGGAGUGAGGCAGCAGAAGUGCCAAGCACUGGAUAGUGAAAAUCUGGGUGAAGGGCUCAUAUAAGGUGUAUUUAUGGUAGGUUUUGAAGGAUUCCAUGGUAUACUCUUACAUGUGCUAGAUAAAUUAAAGGUAGGUUUCUUUCUAGCUGUAGAUUCUGGCAGCAGAGAAUGUAGACAGAACGUCCCUGUUGCGUGAGAGGUUGAAGAGCUGCCCAGCAGCACUCAGUCACUGUGAUGGGAACAUUAAUCAGAGUGUUUUUCAGGUGAUGGGGUUGAAGUGACGCUUUGCAAUUACAGGAUCCGGCCAUCUGAGGUGAAGAACGUGAUGUGAACCUCAGGACUGACUCACAGAGCCUACAGGAAUGCAGAAACAUAGCUGGGAAGGGAAGAGAGGAGAGCAGAACUGGAUCUUCCUUAUGUCUCAAUGCACCAUAGGCAGUGGUUGAGGGUUGACAUCCUGGUUCUGAUCUCUGUACUUGCUGUAUGGCAUUGGAAAAAAAUCUUCCAUGUGGUAUGAAUGAGGUCGAGAUGCUUGUGAGUUUGCACCCUACACCCCUCACCAACAUGUGAGGUAUUUAUGAAGGGGUAUUUAAAGAAGCUUCAUUCCAGACAGCCCUGGAGGGGUACAGCCAAAUAUUCUAUAGUAGGAUGUAACCUCUCCUGGUGGAGGGUAGACAGAUGAGCUAACCCCCUGGCCUUGGUUUGGCUGUCAUUGUUUAUUGCUAGCUGCUCUAAAUCACUUCCAUCCUUGGCCAGGAUAUCCGCUUCCCUGCUGCCUUCCUGGCUGGCCAUUCCUCCAUCCAUGUGGGCAGGAUCCAUCCUCCUGAGCAAUGUUGAGGAAAUAGACAGACGGUUGGAAAAGAAGCUGAAGAUCACACAGAAGGAAAGCAGUCGAAAAUCCAAAUCUCCUCCUAAAGUGCCGAUCGUGAUUCAGGACGACAGCGUCCCUUCAGGUCCACCCCCACAGAUCCGGAUCCUAAAGCGACCGGCCACCAACGGUGUUCUCAGCAACCCCAACUCCACCACCAGACCCGCGUUCCCUGUGAAGUCCCUGGCACAGAGGGAGGCAGAAUACGCCGAGGCCAGGAAACGAAUACUGGGCAGCGCCAGCCCCGAAGAGGAGCAGGAGAAACCCAUUCUAGAUAGGCCAACAAGGAUCUCCCAACCGGAGGACAUCAGACAGCCCAAUAAUGUGAUUAGGCAGCCCCUGGGCCCCGAUGGUUCACAAGGCUUCAAACAACGCAGAUAAACGUGGGCACGAGAGGAUGCUGCAGAAAGCAGGGUCAGCUGCCACGGGUCGCACUGCUGUGGCGGACAAAUGGACUUGAGCAAAGGGAACUACCUGGUUUACUUGCACUGUGAUCCCCUUUGCUCUGCCCACUGUGACCUCCAACCCCACGCACUGUGACCUCCCCGCUCCACGCACUGUGAUCAGCAAACUGACGAGGGCUUUCCCCAGUCACUGUAAGCGGAAAGGGGAGGGGAGGGUAAAGGACUCGGACAGGUGCAAAGAGUCAUGUGUGCCACUUUGGUUCAAGCUAGUGCCAGCAAUAAUGUUUGUUGUACUUGUAACCUGGGAUUUAGGGAAAAAAUUGGGAAGCCUCCCCAGACAUGCAUUUUGUCUUCAUCACUUUAAGAGCAAGUUCUGUUUCAAAGGAUAUCUUUUGAUUUUUUUUUAUUUUCCCUUUUGUUUUCUGUUUGUAUAUCGGAUUGACUUUCAAGGGAGUGCAUGGAAAGGGUUUGAACUGUUUAGUUUGUUUUAACUGAGAGAGGUAGCUGAGUGAAAAGGAAUUUCACUGAAUUCCUGCAACUUUUAGUGGUUUAGGGUUUGACAAGCUUAGCUUCUCGUUCUGUGUUUCUACCACUGCCAAGCAAACUGGACUCUGGGAUGCCCAGCCUUUCUGUUUGCCAUAGCCUGGGAGCCAGUGGAGUCCAAUGACCUGGUUUGUGUGUUGCACCUGUUAAAGCUUGGCUAGUGUUUUCUGCUGACUUGAGGGGGGGAAAAAAAACAACUUUAAAUACAUCUUUUUGUAUGUGGGGAGAAGGGAAUGUAGACAGAUCCCAUGAAAAUGCCUGCUGUGUGGUUUCUGCUCACAGCAGAGCUGAUCUGCGAGGAACUAAGGCUCUGUAACAUCUGGACGUGCAGGCUAGGAGGGUAAUAGUGCUGUGUGGCUCUCAUUUGCUCCAUGAAAUGAACACAAGGUGAAGAGCUGCGUUCCAUCCAGCCUGCCUGGUGGCUGAUGUGACGGCAGGGAGCGGGAUGGCUGCUGCUCCAAAGGUUGAAACCGAAGUGGCUUACAAUGGACUGAAGGCUCUGAUCUCUCUUAUGGUACGAGCCGGUGCUGUACCUGAUACACACACACUUGUAGAAAUCACAGGCGUCAGGAACAAAAUGUGUUCAAUCAAGUCUGGAAAGCUCUCCAUCGUCGUACGCUGUGGGUGGUGACAGCCAGCUUUCCGCUAGGCUUCAGGGAAUGGAUUACUCUCGCUGCUCCUGCUCUCAUGAAGAGACAGGAUUUCAGGCAGCUUGCAGGCUGAAAGCUUCCCAGGACGGCGGUGGUGGUGGAGAAGAGCCGUGAGGAACUGGUGUGUGUCACAGGAUGCUAUUGAACAUGGAUGCUUCCCCCGUGCGCAGUGCUGUCUGUCCUAAUGCACGCUAGGCAAAGCUGACCUAUCUUCAUAUUAAUGUCUCCAGGGAUUAGAUGAACACUAAGGCUCUUCUUGGAGGGGAUGUAAGGGGUGACUUCAGGCGUGGAGGUGUUUCUGCGUGUCGUGAGGACCUCGACUGUUCAUUCAGCUGAAAUGGCCGCGGGCCGGCGGAUUGCUGCGUGCUCAGUACCUAGAAAAUACUGUUGUUGGAUGUCAGAGGAUUAUUCUGUACGGGUGCUGUGCUGCCAGAUGCUUUGUGCUUGGCAGAUAUGAUAAAUGAGCAAACCUGAUGCCUUUUGCCUGAACAGAAGUGACUGUGCCAUGCCACGUUGUAUGGGAAACAGGCAUCUGGAAAGACGUGGAUGGAAAUAACGGCUUAAAAAGGUAAAAUAAAACUACCUGUGUACAAAAAGGAGAUAGCAUCUACUAGAAUGGUCGGUUGGCUCAUUGACCCUGUGUCGCCCUCCACGUGAGUCCCUGGAGCCCUGAGUGACUGGCGAAGGAGGAUGGCGAGGUGGGAAGGGCAGAAGCCUUUGUCUCACCAGGAUCCCGACCCAUCUCCGUGGCUUUAGAAGCUAUAAUCUUGCUGCUUACUGAGCUCCCUCUCAGGCUGGAGGCGUCUGUGGAACUGAUAAUUUUAUUUGGGGUGGGUGGGUGGGUGGGAGCAGGAGGGGAGAAGGACAUUAGCAAUAACUGUAGUCACCGCACCUUUCCUUAACGAUCGCUCGAUAGCUUCUAUUCCAGAAGGCCGGCGGCUGGCAGAACAACCCCAACCAACCCCAGCUCUUGGCGUAGCUUCCGCUACCUUGCCGAUGUUAGAUGUCUCUCCUCCCGUCCGUCAGGUGCCUACCAACCCUUCUCCUUGCACACCCAACCUUGUUCUCCAGCACUGACCGCGCGCCGAUGCCUCAGCCGUGGCGGCUGCUCCCGACCUGCGGGCAGGGCGAGACGGCGGUCCCGGGGUUAAAGCGCCUUCGUUGUGGGGUCGAGAGCUUCUCCCAUCGCCCCCGUCAGAGCGCGCCCGAGUAUGCAGAGAAACAUUUUAUAAAUGGUAUUUUCAAUAAAUGUGUUUAAACUUUU